GCAAAACAAAAUUUUUCGUAAUGCCGCCAAGUAAACUGGACAGCCUAUAUCGGCGAAUGCUGAUAACUCGAUUCUUCGAGAAGGGCUGGGGGAAGCCUGAAAACCUACGUAGAGUAUUCCAGUUCCGCAAGAUCAUUUCCAACAGAGAAAGUUGCUUCAAGCUCGUACCGCGCGACUAUCCAGUGGAGAUUACAAAAAAGGAAAUCUAUGCGGAAAGCACACUAAUCGAAGGACAAUUUAUAACCCCCCUCGAGUUACAUUUACCUGGAGUUGUUCCCAAAAAAUCAAGGAACGCGUACUUUCAGCUUUUGCUACCCAACACGUGGAAAAACGAGCAGCACAAGCCGGUAUGCAUUCACCUAGCUGGAACUGGAGAUCAUUUUUUUUGGCGGCGAAGAAAUUUUAUUGCCAAGCCGCUACUCAAAGAGGGUAACAUUGGAUCGAUUAUAUUGGAAAACCCGUUUUAUGGAUUAAGAAAGCCGGAUGACCAAAAACGCUCUAAUCUGCACAAUGUGUCGGACAUAUUCGUAAUGGGCGGAUGUCUUAUCCUUGAAUGCCUUGUUCUACUGCAUUGGUGUGAAAGGAAUGGAUUCGGGCCACUUGGAGUGACGGGAUUGUCUAUGGGAGGACACAUGGCAUCUUUGGCGGCAACAAAUUGGCCGAAGCCUCUUGUGCUUGUUCCAUGCUUAUCCUGGUCUACCGCAUCGGCUGUUUUUACAACUGGUGUUAUGAGUCAAUCCAUUAAUUGGGAUAUGCUGGAAACGCAGUAUUUCUCGGACGGACAGUAUCGCGAGCGUCUGUCCAAAAUGGUGAAUGUGAUCGAUGAUGCGUUUGAGGCCGGCCAGCGGUUCAUAAAGAAUUUCAAUGAAUCUCUGCAUGAGCUCAAAGAAGACAUAAAUAAUACUAGACAAAUCCAAGAACUGAAUAACGGCACCGUUUGCUGCAAUUAUGAAUCCAAAAAUAUUAACUCAAAAGACGACAGCAGUUCAAUAUUCUUACAAAAGCCCUUACAAAGCGUAAAACUUGACUCUGAAAAUCUGACAAUACCUAUAAAAGGAGAUUCCAAUUCAAAAAUAGUUCCUGGCACCGUCGUUGCGCAACCGAAGGAGUCCUCUGUAUCCACAUUAACCAACCUCAUGAGGUACAUUUUGCCAUUGUCUGCGCAACACAAAACAGAUAAAAUUGACAUCACCAAAACGAAUUGGUGGGAGCGCGAGGCUCUACAGUUCAUGCGGGGCAUGAUGGACGAGUGCACGCACUUGAAGAACUUUUCCGUGCCAUUCGAUACCUCGCUUAUAAUUGCUGUGUUCGCCAAAGAUGAUGCAUAUGUACCGCGAGAGGGCUGUUCAAGCCUCGAGGACAUAUGGCCGGGAGCAGAGGUCCGAUAUUUGGACGCUGGCCAUGUAAGCGCAUACGUCUUACACCAGAAACUAUUCAGAUCGUGCAUCAUCGAAGCCUUUGAUAGGGCUAAAAAGAUCUACGGCAAUGAUCUUGGUGAAGAUCUAAAAUGUGCAAUAACAUAUCAGGAGCUUUUGAAUAAAUAUGAAAAACAUCUAUAAA